CUGCGAUUCAGUCUAUGGAUGAGUGACCCUAACUCAAAGUGGUGUCAUGUGCAAAUAUGGGGGGUAGCUUUACAUGAUCUGUAUACCGGCGUGCACAUGGCUGGUGCCGGAAGCGUCGACUGCUGCCCCUGGGGCGGCCGACGUUUCUUCUUGGGGGGCGGCAGCGGUGGCGGGACGGCGAAGCUUAAGCGCAGCCGGUGUGGGCACCUGGGCGGUGCUACUGAUGGUGGUGCCUCCUCGGGCUGCGUAUCCUAGACGAGGGGACGCUGAAGGAGGUGGAGCCAAUGAGGGACCCAGUGUUACCGGUGACUGA